AUGAGUAUAGCUGCAGGUCUGAUACCGGUGACACAAAAGGCGUCAAAUGUAUGCGCAUACUGCAGAGUCAGGAAACAGAGAUGUGACCGCACUCUGCCACGUUGCCAAAGAUGUACUGUAAAAGAACGACACUGCGACUACACGCCAUUCAAGGAGCCAAUUCGCCAGCAGGACGACCAUGUCACGCCAUUGGUGCAGCACUCUAAUACUUGUCUCCAUACAGAUCUGACCCUCCGCGGGGUCAGUGAGCUGCUUCAUGCAACUACAACAUGGAUCACGUCUGGUGGUACACCCGGCGCGGCAGCCAAACUCUCCGAAGUCAUAUUCGAUAUCCUCGACCUAGCCGACGUAGACCUGGCACUAGCACUAGAUGAGUUCGGUACCUGCAUACAGCAGUGGUGUCCCGUGUUCCCCACGUCCUAUCUUUACGGCGAAACAGAAGACCUAUCGCAGCAAUCCCAACACAAAGACAGAUUACGCCGCCCCUUACUCUUGCUAUGUCUCUGGCUUGUCACUCGCCGGACCUGCGUACAACAAGCCCACACCACACAGCCCCAAAUCUACCUAGCUCUCAAGCAAGUCCUCGCCCUCCUCCACUCAAGCAACCAAAUCAGCCUCCAAAUCCUGCAAAUAUCCCUCCUCCUAGCAAUCUACGAAACCGGCCAUGGCCAAUCCCACGCCGCAUACCUCACCCUCUCCACCAGCAUCUCCCUCUUCAACCUCCUCCUCCUCUCCCCCUCCCCCACCCCAAUCCCAGACUGGCUCAUCUCUAGCAUCCUCUUCCUCUCCACAACCCUCUCCACAACCCACCCGACCCCCGGUUUCCCCCUAGCCCUGUCCCCCUCAAACCCCCUAGUCACCUCCCUCGCUUCCUCCCUCCCCCCCACCAUCCCCGCA